UCGGGGCAGAGGCGGCGGCGGAAGUCGGCGGCGGGGCUGGGUGAGGCACGGCUGCGCCCCCGCCCCUCGCCCCCACCGAGGAGCCGCCUCCCCUCUCUCCCCUCCUCCGCCCACCCUGCCCCGGCGCGCCCGCCAGCCCCGACCGACGGACGGACAGCGCUGCGCCGCCGCGCCGGCUCCCCCGCCCCGGCCAGGUGAGGAGGCGGUGGCGGCGCGGGGGGGUCCCGGCGGCGGCGAGGCGCGCCUUGUCCGCGCUCCCGGCGCCGGCCGCGCCCCCGGCGCCGCGGGAGCGUCGUGCCGCGGUACGGGUGGCCGAGGUUAUUACUGGCAGAAGAACCAGGAUUCUGAUCUCAGUGGAGCUUGCUUUCAAAAGCUGUUGAAACAAAGGACUGCUUUCUAAUUUGGACAUGGCUAAUCGAGGAGCAACAAGGCCCAACGGGCCAAAUGCUGGAAAUAAAAUUUGCCAAUUUAAACUAGUACUUUUAGGAGAGUCUGCAGUUGGCAAAUCAAGUUUGGUGCUUCGUUUUGUAAAAGGACAGUUUCAUGAAUUUCAAGAAAGUACGAUUGGAGCUGCUUUUCUAACCCAGACUGUAUGUCUGGAUGAUACAACGGUAAAAUUUGAAAUUUGGGAUACAGCUGGGCAAGAGCGGUACCACAGUUUAGCACCCAUGUACUACAGAGGAGCACAAGCAGCUAUAGUGGUAUACGACAUUACAAACGAGGAGUCCUUUGCCAGAGCGAAAAAUUGGGUCAAAGAACUUCAGCGACAAGCAAGUCCUAACAUUGUAAUAGCUUUAGCUGGAAACAAAGCUGAUCUAGCUAACAAAAGAGCUGUGGAUUUCCAGGAAGCACAGGCUUAUGCAGAUGACAACAGCCUAUUGUUCAUGGAGACGUCUGCUAAAACAUCUAUGAACGUAAAUGAAAUAUUCAUGGCAAUUGCAAAAAAAUUGCCCAAGAAUGAACCACAGAAUGCAGGAGCCAGCUCUGCCAGAGGAAGAGGAGUAGACCUUACUGAACCCACACAACCACCCAAGAGUCAAUGUUGUAGUAACUAAAAGAUCAAUUGCUUUAAACUGUUCUGAAUAUUCUUCUGCUUCCUAACUGUUAAUAACCAUGGAAUUGGAGUGCUUAACCUGGUCCAGUACAGCUUCCAAACAGCGAAGAGACUUACAAUAAUAGUCAAGUUCAUGAUACAGAGUUUUCUUUUCACAUAAAAUUUUAACAUGCAUGUAUCCACCACUGGCUGUAAUGUUUCAGCAGUAAAGGAGAGAUGGAGGCGGAAUAAACUUCCUUCAGUUGAAAGGUUUUAAAUAUCAGUUGUUAUUAUUAGGGGUGUAGAAGAACUACUUUCUGUGGACCUAAUUGGCCAGUUCCUGUAGCCUCAAUACUGAUCACUGUUGUAAUAAAUAGAAUUGGGUCUUUUCAUAAUUCUCAAUUGUGCUUUAAAACCUCCUUAGAAACAGGGUCUAAAAAUUACUUAAACUUAUUUGCAGUAUUGAUGCAACCAGUUGUUUCUGCAGGUAUCCACUGUUUAGUUAUACAUUCCAUAGGUUAAUAAUUUUAUUACAAAUAAUACUUGCAUUAACAAUUUUAAGAAUCCUGUGCUUGCCAGAAAGUGGAGUCUUAGUUGGUACACUGUAUGUAAAUUAUAUCAACCCAGUUAGUUAUCUUAAUGAAUUAGUGAUGAAUCAAGUCUAACUUCAUUUCUAAUCUGUUCAGAGGGUACAGACCAGUAAAUUCAACUCUACAACUUAGGAUGAUGGGGUUUUUUGUCCUCUACAAACUGUAAGAGCUCUUCAAGUAAAACCACAACAAACUCGGUGUCUGUGACUUCUUUUCUUGUUUCUGAUCAUUGCUGGCCAUUACAGUUUGUUUUUCCCCUAAGGAAAAAAAAAUAGUGCACUAACAAUUAUGUACAUCCAACUUGAUUUUAAAUUUGGAUAUUAAUGUACUGUAAAUAGGUACUCUGCAUUGUAGUCUACAUUUGUUUAAUACUUUCUGUAAUAUUUAAGAGUUGCUUAAAGGUAUACAGAAUGUACAGUUACUUAAAGCUAACUUUUUUCCUCUCUAAUCAAAGGGGGUUCUGAGUUCUUCCUUUAUGGCUAGAACAGUAAUAAAUGAUGCUCCUGUAUCUGUAACAUAAGUACUGCUGUCUGUCAGUAAUGAACUUCGCAACUUUGUUUUCCAAAGUACAUUUUAUUUUGAUCAGUCCAGUAUAUUGCACUAAUUCUUUUAGUUAUUUUCAUUAUAUGAAAUCUACAAAGUGUGUCAGAAGAGAUGAAUUAGUCUAUUUAAAUGUUGAACUGAUAGAAACUUACUUGUGCAGAUUUUAAAUUUGCAGUAAUCUGGGUUUAGCAAGAAAAAUGACAGUUCACCAGUGUUUAGUUUUAUAUUGAGGUGCUCAGGUUUGAAUAAAGUGGUUUAAAAAAAUUUUGA